GGUUCCAUAAGAGAAUCCUUGGAGAGUGUCAGCUUUUCUGAUCUUACGUGGCAAGAUCCACUGGUGAGUAUGGUUAUCAAUGAUGACUCUGAUAUAGAACCAUGUGAAAAUAUGAGAUGUGAUAUGCCCAUUUCAAUUACCUUCAAGUGUGAUGAGUUCGUGGAGCAUUUUGAUAAUUUGGAUAUUUCAAGGAAUAAUAAGAAUAUUUUUCACAAUAAAGCAUGGAAAGAGGAUGAAACCGAUCUGGUAAAAAGAACUGAAUGUAUUCUAAAUGUACCAUAA